GCGGGCGCCGCGCCGAGGGGAGGGGGCCGCGGUCCGUCAGCGAGGUGCCCGGGGCCACGGCGGCCCGCAGAGGCGGGAGCAGCCCACCCGGGCUGAGGGGCUGAGGGAGGGCCGGCUGGAGCCGCCUGUGCGGAGAAGACGGGGCUGAGGCAGCGGAAGAACAUGGUCGUUUUCCCCAGAAUGGGGUGGGGAUGAGGGAUGUGAAGAAAGUGCCAGAUCUCAGCUCUCUCCGCAGGGGAAGGGGGGGGGGUGAAGGGUUGUGCCCGAGACCUCUGCUAACAGUUACAGGUGCAGCCCGGAGAGCAGAGGGGCUGGUUGGUGUAGCCUAGCGUGGCAGCUGGCUUGGAGGAAAGCCUUGCUGAAGAGCCAUCUCACGGCAGAUCCCGGAGAGGAUGGGGCUUGGCGCGUAGGCGGAGGUAGUUACUGGUUUUACCAGUGCAAGGGUGAGUAGCCAAAACAGGAGCGGGGUGCAUAACGUCUCGAUUUGGGGUGACUGUCAGCCACGCAGGAGGAAGGCCCCGGGUGGCAGAGAAUAAAGGGGGAGUGGGCUAGGAGCGAAGCUGCCAUGGGCGAAAGUGGGUGCGGAGCCCUCCUCUGGAGGGACUUUGGCACCGUAGGGAGUCGUGACCUUGAUUAGGGAUCGCCCCAGAGAGAGAUGUGGGACCGAGCAAACGGCUUGUAAUCAGCAGCCAUCUUUGCAGGGUGGGAGCCGUGCAGGCUGCGCAGAGCUGUCCUGGCCUCCCCCGCAGCUGUGGGUGUGGGAAGGCAGGGGGGGCUGGUCAGGCGUGGGUCUGCAGCUUUCAUCCUUUCAGUGCCUCAAGGAUAGUUGAAUAGAAAAAAAAAAAAAAAUCAGCUCAGCAGCCAACUCGGUGCUGUGAGGAGGGGGCAAAGGAACUAUUUUGCAGGCAUCUUGCUGCUGCGGAAAUGGAUUUCUUGAGGGGAGGGAGGUGCGUGUGUGGGUAAUCUUUGUAGUAACGCUGUGCAGGGAAGAGAAAAUGCCAUUCGAGCGGCCCCAGAUGCAGCGAGGAGUGGGGAGGGCGGACGGGAGAAGACCUUGAUCGGCCACCCCACGGCCGUGGGCAUGAGGGGGCAGAUGUGACGUUGAUCAGCAGCCACCCCUUGUGCUGUGGGGAGCAGAGAGGGGGGAGCAGCCCUUGGUUAGCAGUCUGUCUCCCAGUGCUGUGGCCGAGCCUGCCUGGUGCUGCAAGAGAGAUCCUAUGAGGAUUUUUAUUGCGGUCUCUUUGUUAGCUACAGACAGGCACGCACACACUCACAGCUUUCAGCCAGGUUGUGGGAGAUUUGCUUACAAUCAAAUACAUGACCAUGGGGGAUAUGAAGACCCCGGAUUUCGAUGACCUUCUUGCAGCCUUUGACAUACCAGACAUGGUCGAUCCAAAAGCAGCUAUUGAAUCUGGACAUGAUGACCAUGAAAGCCACAUAAAACAAAAUGCUCACACAGAUGAAGAUUCUCAUGCCCCAUCAUCAUCUGAUGUUGGUGUGAGUGUCAUUGUGAAAAAUGUGCGUACUAUUGAUUCUUCCGAAGGAGUGGACAAGGAUGGCCACCAUUCCACAGGCAAUGGCUUGCAUAAUGGCUUUCUAACGUCAUCAGCUCUUGAUAGUUACAGUAAAGAUGAAGGGAAGUCACUUAAAGAUGAUGGGUCAGCUUCUGAGACUGCACUGAAGGAUUCAGCUUUCAACCAGUUUAGCCCGAUAUCAAGUGCUGAAGAAUUUGAUGAUGAUGAAAAAAUUGAAGUGGAUGACCCCCCAGAUAAGGAGGAGAUGCGUGCAAAUUUCAGAGCAAAUGUCUUGGCAGGAUCUGUAUCUCAGCAGGAAUAUGACAAACUAAAGGCACUUGGAGGGGAGAACUUGAUUAAAUCUGGAAUUCCAGUUUCAAGUAGUAUAGAUAAAAAUAAAGUUGCUAAACGAGAGACAGAGACAAAGUCCAUGAAUUUAAGUGUCUAUGAGCCUUUUAAAGCUCGAAAAACAGAGGACAAAUUGCUAAAAGACAAUUCUGAAAAGCUUCUUGAAAACAGGGUACUUGAUGGAAAACUGAGUACUGAAAAAAGUGAAACAAAUCUUGCCAGCAUUUCACAGUCGAAAGCAAAGUCAUCAGCAAAGCUUUCUUCAUGCAUUGCUGCAAUUGCAGCACUGAGUGCUAAAAAGGCAGCUACAGAUACCGGUAAAGAUUUACAGUCUAAUUCAGGAGAAUCUUCUCCAUUACCAAAAGACAUGAGUGAAAGUCCCCAGGCUAUUGAAAAAUCACCUGAAUCUCAGAGUCUCAUUGAUGGUGCUAAAAAGCCAUCUAUCAAACCACCUGAUAGUCCCAGAAGUGUAUCGAGUGAAAACAGUAGCAAAGGGUCUCCAUCUUCUCCUGCAGGGUCAACACCAGCAAUUCCUAAAGUUCGCAUAAAAACCAUCAAGACUUCUUCCGGGGAGAUCAAGAGAACUGUUACUAGAGUGUUGCCAGAAGUUGAUUUGGACUCUGGUAAAAAGCCAGAGCAGACUGCUUCUAUGGUAACUUCCAUGACAUCUCUCCUGUCCUCGCCAACUUCUGCUGCUGUUCUUUCCUCUCCUCCUAGAGCUCCUCUCCAGUCCACAGUUGUCACCAAUGCAGUUGCAUCUGCAGAACUUGCACCAAAACAGGUCACUAUCAAACCUGUGGCUACUGCCUUUCUCCCUGUUUCAGCAGUUAAAACAGCAGGUUCACAAGUUAUUAAUUUGAAGCUUGCUAACAAUACUACAGUGAAAGCCACUGUAAUAUCUGCUGCUUCAGUGCAGAGUGCCAGUAGCGCCAUUAUAAAAGCUGCCAAUGCUAUACAACAACAGACUGUUGUGGUGCCAGCAUCAAGCCUUGCCAGUGCUAAACUUGUGCCAAAGACAGUCCAUCUUGCCAACCUUAAUCUUCUGCCUCAAGGUGCUCAAACCACCUCUGAACUCCGCCAAGUGCUAACGAAACCUCAGCAACAAAUAAAGCAGGCAAUAAUUUCUGCAGCAGCCUCACAGCCUUCUAAAAAAGUGUCUCGAGUCCAGGUGGUGUCAUCUCUACAAAGUUCUGUAGUGGAAGCAUUCAAUAAGGUGCUGAGUAGUGUCAAUCCUGUACCAGUUUACAUCCCAAACCUUAGUCCCCCUGCCAAUGCCGGAAUAACGUUACCAACACGAGGUUACAAGUGUUUGGAGUGUGGCGACUCAUUUGCUCUUGAGAAGAGCCUGACCCAGCAUUACGACAGGAGGAGCGUGCGAAUUGAAGUGACAUGUAAUCAUUGUACAAAGAAUUUAGUUUUCUACAAUAAAUGCAGUCUUCUUUCUCAUGCUCGUGGACACAAGGAAAAAGGAGUUGUAAUGCAAUGUUCACACCUGAUUUUAAAACCAGUCCCAGCAGAUCAAAUGAUAGCAUCUCCUUCAAGCAAUACUGCUACAUCUAUGCUUCAAAGCCCUGUGGGAGUUGGCACGCAUACUGUAACAAAGAUACAGUCUGGCAUAACUGGGACAGUAAUAUCAGCCCCAGCAAGUACACCUGUCAUUCCAGCUAUGCCACUAGAUGAAGAUCCAUCGAAACUCUGUAGACAUAGUCUAAAGUGUUUGGAGUGUAAUGAAGUUUUCCAAGAUGAGACAUCUCUUGCAACUCAUUUCCAGCAGGCUGCAGACACAAGUGGACAAAAGACAUGCAAUAUCUGCCAGAUGCUGCUUCCUAACCAGUGCAGUUUUGCAUCACACCAGAGAAUUCAUCAGCAUAAAUCUCCAUACACGUGUCCAGAAUGUGGAGCAAUCUGCAGAUCUGUCCACUUCCAGACUCAUGUCACUAAGAACUGCCUGCAUUAUACCCGAAGAGUUGGUUUUCGCUGCGUGCAUUGCAAUGUUGUAUACUCUGAUGUGGCGGCGCUCAAGUCUCAUAUUCAAGGUUGUCACUGUGAAGUCUUUUACAAGUGUCCUAUCUGUCCCAUGGCAUUUAAAUCUGCUCCCAGCACACACUCCCAUGCCUAUACACAACACCCGGGUAUCAAGAUAGGCGAACCAAAAAUAAUAUAUAAAUGCUCUAUGUGUGACACUGUGUUUACUCUACAACCUUUGCUCUAUCGCCACUUUGAUCAGCACAUUGAAAACCAGAAGGUGUCUGUUUUCAAGUGUCCAGACUGUUCUCUUCUAUAUGCACAGAAACAGCUUAUGAUGGAUCAUAUCAAGUCUAUGCAUGGAACUUUGAAAAGUGUUGAGGGGCCACCAAACCUGGGGAUAAAUCUGCCUCUCAGUACUAAACCCACAACUCAGAACUCAGCCAGUCACAACAAAGAGGACACAAAAUCUGUCAAUGGAACAGAAAAGCUGGAGAAGAAAUCUCCUUCUCCCAUAAAGAAAGCAGAGCCUAAAAAAGUCGCUAAUCCUGGCUGGACUUGUUGGGAGUGUGAUAGGCUCUUCACUCAGAGAGACGUUUACAUCUCUCACAUGAGGAAAGAACAUGGAAAGCAAAUGAAGAAACAUCCGUGUCGACAAUGUGACAAAUCUUUCAGUUCAUCCCAUAGUUUAUGUCGUCAUAAUCGUAUCAAGCACAAAGGCAUUAGGAAGGUUUAUACAUGCUCGCACUGCCCAGAUUCAAGACGUACUUUUACCAAGCGGUUGAUGUUGGAAAAACAUAUUCAGUUGAUGCAUGGCAUUAAAGACCCUGAUGUGAAAGAAAUGACUGAAUCAACCAAUAUGGAAGAAAGGGAGGUAAAAGAAGACACAAAGGUUCCUAGUCCAAAGCGUAAAUUGGAAGAACCUGUACUGGAAUUCAGGCCUCCACGAGGUGCAAUCACUCAGCCAUUGAAGAAGCUAAAGAUAAAUGUUUUUAAAGUUCACAAGUGUGCUGUUUGUGGCUUUACAACAGAAAAUCUUCUCCAGUUUCAUGAACAUAUUCCUCAGCAUAAAUCUGAUGGCUCUUCAUACCAAUGCAGGGAAUGCGGACUGUGCUACACAUCUCACGUGUCCCUCUCCAGACAUCUCUUCAUUGUACAUAAGCUGAAGGAGCCUCAGCCAGUAUCAAAACAAAAUGGGUCUGGGGAGGAUAAUCAGCAAGAAAAUAAACCCAAUCACGAAGAUGAAUCAUCUGACAGUACAGCAUCAGACAGAAGAUGCAAAGUGUGUGCAAAGACUUUUGAAACUGAAGCGGCCUUAAACACUCACAUGAGAACACAUGGCAUGGCCUUCAUUAAGUCAAAAAGAAUGAGUUCAGCUGAAAAGUGAUCAGAUUAUUUGGGACGCAGAAAUCUCUCUCCACAUUGGAAUACUAAUGACAUUUUUGCUACAGAAAGUUCAAGGUAUAAUAGUGUUAACAGUACUGUUCAGGCUGUUGCAAUAUAUUCUGCAUAAAAGUGUCCCCUUCACCUCAUUGUCUAUACCCUCAAAACCAUUGAAGCAGUAUUUGAGUUGAAAAGAGUUUGUAUAUAUUUAAACUAAUAACUUUUAUACUCUUUGUUAUGUGUUUGUAUCGGUAUCUAGUGGAAAAUUUGGUUUUUUCUGUUUUGUUUCUGUUUUUUUUCUAGUAAGUUUCUUUAAAACAGAGUUCUGAAUGCUGGGGCAGUUCCUUAGGUUCUUUUAAACUGUUUCUUAUUUGAAUGCUUCUGAAAGAAAGUUUAGCUAAUGGAAGUGCAUCAGAAGGCAGUGCUUGGAGGGGAGUGGGGAGGGGAAGCAAGCUAAGGGGAGAUUUUAAAUUCUAAGAACUUGUGCUUCUAAAUGUCUAAGGAAGCUUUUAAACUUUCUCUUAAAAAUAUAUAUAUUAAAAAAAAAAAAAAGAAAAAAAAGUACCACUGCAUAUGAAAAAUGCAGUGCUGGUUUUAGGUGGCGACACCAGAACAGGUGCAGACCCCCUAGAAUGAUAAAGUACUUUUGAAAAGUAUAAUUGCACAACUCUGUAUCAUGAAGUAAUUUUUUAGGCCAUCAGGUGCUUGUGAUCAAAGCUCAAAUUGUUACAAAAGGGCUGGGCUGCUCUGGAUUUAACAAAUAAGAUGUAAUUAGAGGAAUAGGUUUAUAAUGAUGAUGUUUUUUGUCAUGUAAUUUAUUAAACAUUAUAUAGAAGCGAGUACACAGCAUUAUGUAUUUUCCUUUAUUUCUGGUUAUUGAAAGAAAAUAGUUAACCCUUGCUACAGGGGUUGGUAUUUCCCAGCUCUGUAUGCUAAUGCCAAAUGUUCUGGUGCUCAGUGUCACAUACAACCACAACUGUCAAGAAGCUAACACACCAGCCUAUGUAAGUAUAAUUGGGGCUUUCAGCUUUAGCACAGACCAUAUGAAGCUAGUUCAGCCAUUUCAAACAUGUAUCUAAUAUCACUAGUUACGCUUUCACAAAGUACAAAAAGGUACCAUACUGUCCCUUUCAUAUAUAGUUCUCUGUGAGAGUUAUAUUUUUGGUUUGUUUUUGCAUUUUAUACCUUGUAUGUAUCCCUAAAAAAAAUUUUUGUACUUUUUUUUAAAACAAAUUGUGUAUAUAUAGAUAGCUGCAUGAUAUAAAGUAGUAAUUGUUUGGUUCCUUAAAAGUCUUGCUGCUGUCAGAUGUUACUAUACACUAUGUCCAUUACAACUGUAUUAAACACAUUUCAUAUGUAAAUAAAUGUGGAGCAAUUUGCCCCUAAAGAUUUGUGAGAUUCUGUUAUUUAUCAUUAAAUUUUAACAGUUUGAAAAAUUGAAGUGUUUGAAAAAAUACGGAUCCUUCUCAGCCACCUCUGUAAAACUUCUUAAUCACUCUGGACAAUGUGUAUCGGAUACAUUAGUUCUGCGCUCUCUCUUCAUCCUCAUUCUUAAUUUGUUUCAUUGGUAAAUGCUUGUUAUCCCAUUUAUAUUACUCACAUAUUGAGUGGUUAUGAGGUACUUCUCCAUCCUAAAACAUACAGCUGGCGUCGCAGGAUCUUAGUGUGUAAUGUACACUGGCCAUCACUGCCCUUUCCAUUAAGUGUAUACCUCUUGAACACUUGUUUGUUGAUGUGCACUGUCAACUGUACAACAAAUGAGUUAUCACUAUGCAGAAUGGUGUUUUGUAUACAGUGAACAGAUAAUAAAAGUUAAAUUUUCACAGCCA